ACGCGAGGAAAUGAGGAAACCGGAGAGCAGUGGAAGAGUGGCGGUCAGCACGGGAGCCUGCCAUGUCACUACACGUGAGGAAACAGCCGCUGCAGUCACCGGGACAUGACACUGCACCGGCCGCCGCCGGGAGAACACAUGCGGGACCGCAUGGCCGCAGCUUAGUUCGGUAACAUGCACGGCUGCUGUGGUAGCAGGUCCUCUGGACGGGCGGUAUGAGUGCGCCGCACACCAUGAGGCUAUGGACACCCGUGAAGAGGCGACUGACAGUAUGUGAGGUGUUGGUCUAUGGCGCCCUUAUACUCGGCACAUUAUGGUAUGGCGGCAUUUUCUUCCACCGUGGGCUGGUCUGCGCUGUCCAAUCAGAGAGGAGCUGGGGACGUUGUGUCAACGUCAUCGGGCGUCGCCAUGACAGAAACGGAAGUGGAGUCGGCCGAAAAGAAGAGGAACGGACCGAUGUGGUAGAGAGCAGCAUGAGAGUGGCAGCAAGAGGCUACGGGGGGUCCCCCAGCAGCACAUGACUGAAAGCGCAUGGCGCAGUCUGACCUGAGAACCCGCCCCCUGGUGGAAGACUUUGUACGGUAUAAAUUGUGCCAGCGAAGCUUAGUUCCAGAAGCCAACCAACCUGCUUCCUGUCCACUGCACACAGCCAUGCGGGCUGCCGGAGAUGAAUUUGAGGAUCGCUUCCGCCAGGCUUUCAGCGAAAUCUCUGCACAGAUACACGUGACCCCCGGCACAGCCUAUACACAUUUUGCAGAGGUGGCAAGUGGCUUGUUUCAGGGCGGGGUGAAUUGGGGUCGCGUGGUAGCUUUUUUUGUCUUUGGCGCCGCGCUCUGUGCAGAGUGUGUCAACAAGGAGAUGGCUCCUCUUCUGCCACGGAUCCAAGACUGGAUGGUGACCUACAUUGAGACCAACUUGAGGGACUGGAUGCAGAGCAAUGGCGGAUGGAACGGCUUCCUGGCUCUCUAUGGAGAUGGGGCUAUAGAAGAAGCACGGAGGCAACGUGAAGGAAACUGGGCUUCGCUGAAGACUGUACUGACUGGGGCCGUGGCUCUCGGGGCUCUUAUGACCGAGCUGGAGGCGAUCAAAGCCCGUGUCCGAGAAAUGGAAGAGGAGGCUGUCAAGCUAAAAGAGCUGCAGAAUGAGGUGGAGAAACAGAUGAACAUGAGCCCACCGCCUGGCAAUGCUGGUCCAGUUAUCAUGUCCAUAGAAGAGAAGAUGGAAGCUGACGCUCGAUCGAUUUACGUAGGGAAUGUUGAUUAUGGGGCAACAGCCGAGGAACUCGAAGCACACUUCCAUGGUUGUGGCUCUGUGAACAGGGUAACCAUUCUUUGUGACAAGUUCACUGGUCACCCUAAAGGGUUUGCCUACAUUGAAUUCUCCGAUAAAGAAUCAGUCCGGACAUCCAUGGCAUUAGACGAGUCCUUGUUCAGAGGUCGACAGAUAAAAGUGGUUCCCAAAAGGACUAACAGACCUGGUAUAAGCACAACGGACAGAGGCUAUCCACGGGCAAGAUUCAGGGCUAGAGCGGCAUCCUAUAGUUCUCGUUCCAGGUUCUACAGUGGCUACACAGCAAGGCCCAGAGGACGCGUGUACAGGGGACGAGCUCGAGUGACGUCAUGGUAUUCUCCUUACUAAAAAUAUAUCUUUAGGAAGACCUGAGAGGCAAAAACACA